GGCUCCGCGAACGACCCCCGCUGCGUGCCUCCCUCCACGCUCCCUCGCUCCCUCCUCCCUCGCUCCCUCCUCCCGUCCCCACCGCUCGCCAUGCCGAUGUGCGCGCGUGCUGCUAGGCUCUCGGUCCCGUCCACACGGCAAUUCCUCUGCAGUCGCGCUUGCCCGCCGUCGUCGCGGCGCCCAAUCAUCAACCCGCGUUUCUCGUCAUCAUUACCAACGCCAUCGUCUGCGUCGGCCCCGUCCCACUCCAGUCCGGCGCCUGAGCAGCAACUCCCACGGACCAUCGCGUCCCUUCUACACCCUGGUUCCGCUGCCAACACCACCACCACCACCACCACCACCACCACCACCUCCACCUCCACCGUCACCACCUCCACAACCGACGCAAGAAGUGAUCAGCCGGACAUUGGCAUUGACGUUGGCACCGGCACUGGGACUGGGACUGGCAAUGGCAUUGGGGCGGAUAGCACCAACGUAACGGUGCACGGAUGGAUAAAGUCGGUCAGACGUAUGGGGAAAGUCAGUUUCGCAAGCGUCACCGACGGUACCACAUCUACGCCCCUACAGGCUGUUCUGGCGAAGCCUCAAGUAGCAGGGUUAUCGACAGGUUCUAGCGUGCGGAUCUCCGGGGAAUGGAAGCAAUCUAGAUCGGGCACUGUACAGCAGAACGAGCUCGUUGCUGCGGAUGUCCAGCUGCUCGGAGGGGCAGAUCCUGCAACAUACCCACUCCAGAAGAAGUACCAAACCACCGAGUACCUUCGGACUCUCCCUCAUCUGCGCCCGAGGAUACCCUUCAACGCCGCAGUGCUGCAGUUGCGGUCGUUCAUGUCCCAGACUCUGACAUCUUUCUUUGCGGAAAACGAAUUCGUGCAAUGUUAUCCUCCCAUCAUCACUUCAUCGGACUGUGAAGGCGCUGGAGAAGUCUUCACGGUUUCGUCCAACGAAAAAGGCAAUGGUCAUUUCUUCAGGACGCCAAAAUACCUCACUGUUUCAUCUCAGCUUCACCUGGAGGCGUUGGCUGCGGCCUUACCGCGAGUGUGGACUCUGUCGCCCACGUUCAGGGCAGAGAAAUCCGAUACGUCCCGUCAUCUGAGCGAAUUUUACAUGCUCGAGGCGGAGUUGUCGUUCAUUGAGACGCUGGACCCCCUGUUAAAUGUGACUGAAGAUAUGAUACGUCGAUUGGUAUCCGCCCUGAAGACAUCAAGGAUUGGCCAGGAUAUACUGGCGCUCUCGGGCGACAUGAUGCCGGAACUAGAAGCACGGUGGGAGGGGCUAGUCCAGCCGGGAGGAUGGAAGAGGUUGACGUACUUGUCCGCCAUCGAGGUUCUCCAAGCGGCAGAGGAGCAGGGCAAAGUCGAGUUUCAGUUUCCAGCGCGAUGGGGCGAGAGUCUCCAGAGCGAGCACGAGAAAUAUCUGGCGGGCCGAUACGGCCCUGUAUUCGUCACCGAUUACCCCCGCGAAAUCAAGCCGUUCUACAUGCUGCCGUCGCAUGGCGACGCUAGGACUGUUGCAUGCUUCGAUCUGCUGUUCCCGGUCGUCGGCGAGCUAAUCGGCGGCUCGCUCAGGGAGCAUCGCUACGAAGAGUUGGUGCAGAAUAUGCGAUCGCACGGGUUAAUAUCCGGUGACGGCGACGCCGGCAUCGAGCAGUCCGGGUUGCGAUGGUACACGGAUCUUCGCAAAUAUGGCAGCUCGCCUCAUGGCGGCUUUGGUAUGGGCAUGGAUAGACUGAUCUGCUACCUCAGCGGUGUGGGAAACAUCCGAGACGUGGUAGCUUUUCCGCGGUGGGUGGGGAGGUGUGAUGCCUAGGCUGGGUUUGGCACCCUUUGGAUCGCCGGGAGACGGAAGCACGGCUAUCUGCCUCAGUCGACUCUCCCAAGAAUGCAUCCGAUUUGUAGAGAUCCGUAAUCUGGGAUAGGCAGACAAGUGCAGUGUUGCGGCAGCUGAGCAUCAAGUGAACCGCCCGCCAACCACGGGAUGCCCCCCACCACCACCAUCACCACCACCACCACCACCACCA